AUGGAAUAUAGUUGUAUACCAAUUAAUAACGAUGUUAGAGAAUAUAAAAUAUCAAGAAAGGAUAGAUCAUUAAUAACCUAUUUCGAUCUAUUCCUUUUAUUCACUUUUAUAUGUACAUUUGUAAAACAUCAAUUCUAUUCUCAAUCUCUAUUUAAAUCUUUCUCGACUUAUUUCUUGUUUGCAUUAAUUUUAUUUAGAUUUUAUUUAAAAUUUUUUAUUGUAAAAGAAGAAUCAUUAAUUGUAAUGAGAGAGAUAGGAGUUCAAUUAAAAAGAAAAUAUUUUUUAAGACCAUCAACAGUUGUGGAAUUUAUAGAGAAAUCAAAGAUUGAGCAAAUUGUAAUUAAUGAAGGUAUUACAAAGCAUAAUGUUAUCUUUUACAUGGCAUUCAUAGUUGAAGGUAAAAAUAAAAUGGUUUUAGCAUUUGAAGAAUUAAUACCAAGAAUUGAUACACUUUUAAAAAUUUAUAAAGGGACACAAUCUUUAAUAUUUAAUAAUCCCACUACUACUACCACAAAUACAACAGCAACAACGACAACAAAUACUACCCCAUCUAUUUCUUCACCAACAAAUCAAACACCAAAUAACAUAACUACACCAACACUAACACAAGUAAAUCAAAAUAAUAACAAUAAUAAUAAUAAUAAUAACUCUUUUCAUACCUCUACAACAAUGUCAUCUGCUAUUGAUGAUUCUGAGGAUUUUAAUUUAAAAUAA